UCUCCCUAAUAGACGGGCUUCAUUUGGACACGCCUCCCCUCCUCUUCAUGCUGUCAGAGUUGGUCGGUGGGCGUGUCUCUGUGUUGUUUUCCUCCUACCUGGAAAGGUGUUCUCUCUCCGUAGACUCUCCUCGUCCUCCUGUCCCCCCGCUCCGUGCUCCUCGUCCCGGCUGUCUGUGCUGAACCAUGUCGAAGCCCCUAACGGACCAAGAGCGGAGGAGGCAGAUCAGUGUCCGCGGGAUCGCCGGUCUCGGGGACGUGGCUGAGAUCAAGACCACCUUUAACCGACACCUUCACUUCACCCUGGUCAAGGAUCGGAACGUCGCCACGCCCCGGGACUAUUACUUCGCCUUGGCUCACACUGUCCGGGACCACCUGGUAGGCCGGUGGAUCCGGACCCAGCAGUACUAUUACGAGAAGGACCCAAAGAGAGUUUAUUACCUGUCUCUAGAGUUCUACAUGGGACGAACAUUGCAGAACACCAUGAUCAACCUUGGCCUGCAGAACGCCUGUGACGAGGCCAUCUACCAGCUGGGUUUGGACAUGGAGGAGCUGGAGGAGAUCGAGGAGGAUGCCGGUCUGGGUAAUGGAGGACUGGGGCGGCUGGCAGCAUGUUUCCUGGACUCCAUGGCAACCCUCGGCCUGGCGGCGUAUGGUUAUGGGAUUCGAUAUGAAUUUGGUAUCUUCAACCAGAAGAUCAGUAGUGGGUGGCAGAUGGAGGAGGCAGAUGAUUGGCUGAGGUACGGGAACCCGUGGGAGAAGGCGAGACCGGAGUACAUGCGGCCAGUUCAUUUCUACGGUCGGGUGGAGAAAACGGAGAGUGGAGUGAAGUGGGUGGACACGCAGGUGGUGUUGGCGUUGCCCUAUGACACUCCAGUUCCUGGUUACCGUAACAACACAGUGAACACGAUGAGGCUGUGGUCGGCCAAAGCGCCAAAUGACUUCAAACUGCAGAACUUUAAUGUAGGAGAUUAUAUCGAAGCUGUUCUGGACAGAAACCUGGCGGAAAACAUCUCUAGAGUACUCUACCCCAACGACAACUUUUUUGAAGGGAAGGAGCUGCGUCUGAAGCAGGAGUACUUCGUGGUGGCGGCCACGCUGCAGGACAUCAUCCGCCGGUUCAAAUCCUCCAAGUUUGGCAGCAGAGAUCCAGUUAGGACAUCCUUUGACACGUUUCCUGAUAAGGUAGCAAUCCAGCUGAAUGACACGCAUCCUGCUCUGGCGAUCCCUGAGCUGAUGCGGAUCCUGGUGGACGUUGAGAAGCUGGACUGGGACAAGGCCUGGGACAUCACCUGUCGUACCUGUGCAUAUACCAACCACACGGUGCUCCCUGAAGCGUUGGAGCGUUGGCCUGUCUUCAUGUUUGAGCAGCUCCUGCCCCGACACCUCCUCAUCAUCUACGACAUCAACCAGAGACACCUGGAUCGGAUAGCUGCCUUGUAUCCAGGCGACACGGACCGUCUGCGUCGGAUGUCCCUGAUCGAGGAGUCAGAUCCGAAGAGGAUCAACAUGGCUCACCUGUGUGUGGUCGGAUCUCACGCUGUCAACGGAGUCGCUCAGAUCCACUCAGACAUCGUCAAAGCCACUGUGUUUAAAGACUUCCAUGAAGUGGACCAAGAGAAGUUUCAGAAUAAAACGAAUGGCAUCACUCCACGCCGCUGGCUGCUGCUGUGUAACCCCGGACUGGCUGACGUCAUCGCUGAGAGGAUCGGAGAAGACUUCCCCACUGAUCUCCUUCAGCUAAAGAAAAUCCUCGAGUAUGUGGACGACGAGUCGUUCAUCAGAGACGUGGCCAAAGUCAAACAGGAAAACAAGCUGAAGUUCGCCACAUUCCUCCAAGACCAGACGCAGGUGAAAGUGAACCCAGAGUCCAUCUUUGACGUCCAGGUGAAGAGGAUCCACGAGUACAAGAGGCAGCUGCUCAACUGUCUGCACGCCAUCACGCUCUACAACCGAAUCAGACUGGAGCCGAACAGAGAGUUUGUCCCUCGGACAGUGAUGAUUGGAGGAAAGGCGGCUCCUGGUUAUCACAUGGCCAAGCUGAUCAUCAAACUGAUCACCUCGGUGGGUCAUGUGAUCAAUAACGACCCAGUGGUGGGAGACAAACUCAAAGUGAUCUUCCUGGAAAACUACCGUGUGUCUUUGGCGGAGCGAGUGAUCCCGGCAGCAGACCUGUCAGAGCAGAUCUCCACAGCAGGAACAGAAGCGUCCGGAACAGGAAACAUGAAGUUCAUGUUGAACGGCGCUCUGACCAUUGGCACCAUGGACGGGGCUACGGUGGAGAUGGCCGAGGAGGCCGGGGAGGAGAACCUCUUCAUCUUUGGGAUGAGAGUGAGCAACGUGGAGGAGAUGGACAGGAAAGGGUACAACGCCAGAGAGUACUAUGAGCGUCUGCCAGAGCUGAAACUGGCGGUGGAUCAGAUCCAGGCUGGUUUCUUCAGUCCGUCACAGCCAGAACUCUUCAAGGACCUGAUCAACAUGCUGAUGAACCACGAUAGGUUUAAGGUGUUUGCUGAUUUUGAAGCCUACGUCCAAUGUCAGCAGAGAGUCAGCGAGCUCUACAAGAACCCCAAAGAGUGGACCAAGAUGGUGAUCCGUAACAUCGCCGCCUCUGGAAAGUUCUCCAGCGACCGUACGAUCUCUCAGUACGCCCGAGAGAUAUGGGGGGUCGAACCAUCGGACGUGAAGAUCCCACCGCCAAAUGAGCCGCCAUUUGAGGCCCGUAAAUGAGGAUCUCAACCACGGAGAUGUUUCAGAUGUCUGAACCUCUGAAUGUACAAACUCAGCCAAAGGUGUCACUAAAGUCAGUCUUCUUUCUCGACAUAUCGCUCAUCCUGAUUGGAUACUGGAACUAACAGCUAACCAGCCACUUCCUGUUAGUUGUCUUAACUUAAACUAAGAAAACUUUGAACUUCUUUAAACUCCUGCAGAAAGCCUUAAUUCAGAGCUGGCUGAUUGGUUCAAAAUGUCAAGUUGAGGUUAAAACCAGCUGACAGUUAAAGUUCAGAUAAGUCUCUGUGAAAGUUUUCUUUUGGCAGGAUGUUUUUAAAAAAAUAGCUAUUCAUAACUGUUAUGUAACGUGACAGUUGAAGAUGAUGUACAUUUUUGUGAUAAGGCUUUUAGUUUUUAAGAAAUAUGAGGAUAUGAGGGUGCCAAAAUCAAAACGCCACAUUUUUAUGAUGUAUGAUGCAUGAAACAGAAGGUCAAACUUAAACACAACAUUCUAUCACAAACACACAAAUUGUUUGUCUGAGAACCAAAAAAAAUAUCAUCAAGCUUCAACGGUAAUUAUUAAAAAUCUGUAUUAAAAAUAAUGGAAUCCAGAAUAAAAAGCUGAAUUAUUUUUCUACUUUUUGAAGCCUAAAUGAAGUCUGUAGGAGAAAUUGAGUUGGAAUUUUAGGGCUUGGAAUGAUGUGAUAGAAUGUUGUUACUGUCAGUGAGAUCAAAGGAGAACAGGAACAACAGGCAGAGCUAACAUGAUUGGUCCAUCCCCCAAUUUUUAGAACACAGAUAUACCAACAUUCUUUCACUCAUGUUGACUGUCUUUUGUUGACAACUUUUGGAAAAGUGGGAGGGUGGCAGCUAUGGUCUACUAUUUGGCUAAAAUGGAGGGGAAAAGCCCCAACAUCCCCAGCUUCACCAACAUUCCAUCGUCUGGUUUUUCUCUGAAAUUUGGACUGGAAAUCAUUCCUGAAUCAGCAGUUGAUUUUCUAUCACCUCAUAUCAUCAAAGUGUUUUUUUUCUAUCAGAUUACCAGGAGUUUUGUGAAAUGUCAUAAAUGUUUUUGUUAUUUUUGAUUUUAUAAUUUGUAAAAAUUCACACAGCCUUGUUAAGGUGUUAAAGUCACUGAAGCUGUAUGUACAAGCCCUCUGUUUUGGUCUUCUGCUUUGGGUGUUAAGUCUUUGGGUGGUGUCUCAGUAAUGUCCCAUGAUUCAAUGCUGCAUUUACAAUGCAUAUUAUUUGAUUUCCUAAAUCAACAGUCUGUUGUUUUUUCAACAUAACACUCCUACUGUGCUGACAUUUUCUCUUGUGUCUGAUCACGAAAGAGUUUGUCCACUUCUAAUAAAACGUCUAUUCUGUGAUUCAGCUAUUAGCUUUACCAGCAUAAACCUGAUCAGACACUUAAAUAUUGACUGCUGAUAUCUGAUCAUGUCACGUUAUUCCCAAAUGGUUGAUAUCGGCCGAUAUUGAUAUUAAACCAAUGGGUCUGUACAGCCCUAGUUUUUCUCUGCUUCCUUUAAGAGAAAUGCUGGUUUAUUUUAGCCUAAAUAAUACAAAUAUAACUCUCAGUGAGCCUAGUACUGUAAACCUUUAUAGGUAAAUUCAGCUUGUUUAAAUUAUUAAUGUAAACCUUAAAAACCUUUUAGUGAAGUACUACUGGGGGGUCAUAAAGAUUUGUCCUUUGACUUUAAAAAUACCAAUCCCAUUCAUUUCAAAGAGAGAGAGAGUAGUGCUGACAUAUUUCCCAGUGAAAAAAAUGUUUUCUCAGAUCUUUUUUUCUUACUUUGACUUUCUACCUUCAUGUUUCUUCCACUGACUGACAUCACAGUUUCUAUUUGUUCAGCCUUUUUGAUGGAAGUUAAUCUUAUUGACUCUUUCAUUAAACUGUGGUUUAAACCUAGAGUCUGGGAUCUGGGACCUCCUAAGUUCUGAGACUGUCAAAAUCAGAUUUUUACAUAUAAAUCCUCAUUGUUACAUGUGCAUUAUGGGUAAUGGAGUUCAUGAAUGUACUGUAUCUGCAGAACUAAUCAACGCCUGCUGCUAGAAAUAAACCUUCUGUUGCCUUUG